AUGAUGCGCAGAUCGCUGGCGAUCUUACGGAAAACAGUCCAAUGGCUAUUCAUACUAACCCUGCCAUUCACAAUCCUGCCACUUUUUGGCGGCCUCUUCGGCGGUGUAUACUGGGCAUUCUGGAAUAGCAAUCACGUCUGGGAAGGGACCGAGAAAUGGCUACACGAAGUCAAGGACAGGAGCCAGGACUGGACAGUCGGCGGGAACGCGAUGAGCUUUCAAGAAUUUCAAGACCAGCCAGGCACGGUUACGAACUCAUUCCCCGUCCUGCGUGUCAACAGUAACGAUUGGUUUCGGAAAUUGGGCUUCAUUCUUCCCGACCAGUACUCCGACCCGGAUAUGAUUGUGGAGCUGGACACUCCUAUCGAUAAGUUCGCUGAUUUGACCAAGAUUAUGCGCGAUACAAAUCAUGCUGCUGCCAUGAUGAAGCGCCGAGAACAAUGGAUCUGGCUCACGGAGUUUGGCUGGCCUUUCUACAGCGAGUGGGAUGAGGCGUUCGUUACUGCGACUCGAUACGCGCAGGGCGAUCGGAAGUUGAACAAGACGAGCAUGUACGUUGCAGGAUGCAAACACAACGCGGGUUUCAUAUGCAAUGUAUGGAGCACAAGAGCCCCCGCUCUGAUUCAUUUCAUCGCUGAGGACGGCCCCGUAGACCUGACCGAUCUCCACGAAGAAGGCCUCUCCUACUCAGCCAGCCCACGCGGACUGCGACAAGUCACCGCGAGAAUCAUUGAGUUUCCGCUCAAAGACGCCUACCUCAAUCUCCCCGUCAAUACCUUCCCCAGUGAGGAGGAGCAGGUACUUGGUAUCAUGACAGGUGACAAGCUGUACGAACAGUUCGAGCCAUACCAUCCUAUGGAGCAAAUGAUGAAACGCUUCAACGAAGUCAUGCAGAAGGUUGGCGACAAGCGCGGCGAGCUGCUCUGGUAUGUCUGGGAGGCUGAUCGCUGGAUGAUCGAACAUGUCUAUAAGCCACUUGGGCUUGAGGACGCCAUGACUUUUGUGCACGACUUGACCUUCAUAUUGACCGGAAACCUCUUUCAAGUGCUGGUACUUGAUCCUUUAAGGACAGCCAAGUUCUUCUUGGACGAGUUUACAGGUAACCCCAAGCGAGGAGACUGGGUGAUGGGGGGCUCAUGGCAGGAACCGAAGGCACAAGUGCCUAUGAGUGACUGGAUGAAAGAUUUGAUUGCUUCGUUAUCGUCGAAGAGCGUUAUGGAAAGCGUGACGACCUCAGCAUACAGCACUGCCCAGACGACACCAUGA